AUGGCAGACCACGACAACACGGAGGCUAUUGACGUCAAGGACACUUCCCUCAGCAGCUCCGUGUCUUCCAUCGGCCGCACGCCUCCUACUGCGCUCAAAUUGGGCUCCAGUCCCAGCCCGGCGUCGUCACACCGUUCGAGCUUCGCGGAGCACAUGCGAGGAACGCCCACAUCACCACGCGCGUCACGGCAGCCUUCGCUGACACAGCAGGCGCUGCAAGACCUCCUCAACAACCCACCAACCAAGGGCGGUGAUCCAAAGUUCCAGGGACGCGAUUGGAAGACUGUCAGACUUGGAGAGAUUGUCGAUCCUGACCUGGUGAGGUUCGUCGAGUACGAUACCAGCGUUGAGGAUGCAACGAGCAUACUAGUCAAACAUGGCGCCCCCAAUGUUGUCCUCCUGCGCGAAGACGCGAACACACGGCAUGCGACCGGGACCUUCGACUAUAGCGACCUGAACGCGUACCUCCUCCUCGUAGUCGGCCUCGCGCACCCCGAAGAAGGCGACAUCGCCUCGUUUGAUGAGCUUGCACAGAAAGGAAGAGAAGGAAAGCCCAUACCGCUCAAAGACGUAAAAGAGGUGGGUGGCAGGAAGGAGCCGUUGAUUACUCUCGAUGAGACAACGGAUCUGUCCAAGGCCAUGGAAGUCUUCGGAAGCGGUGUACACAGAGUGUUAGUCGCAGAAGAAGGCACAUCGAACGUCAAAGGCAUACUUACCCAGCUGAGAUUGGUGCAAUUCUUCUGGGAGAACCGAUCGAGCUUCCCAGGUGUGAACCAGCUGUACCCACAACUGAUCAAAGACCUGAAUCUUGGGUCCAAGACGGUUCUCGCCAUCAAUGGAGAUAAGCCUCUUGCGGCGGCUCUGGAGCUCAUGAACAACGAAGGCGUGUCGUCACUCCCAGUUUUGGACGCGCAAAACAACGUCAUCGGCAACAUAUCGCAUGUGGAUGUUCGGCUUUUGACUAAAUCCACAUCUCUCCCACUGCUUCGCUCAUCCUGCAUUCACUUCAUAUCCGUCAUCUUGUCCGAACGGGGUGUGAAUGACGGCAAAGACUCCUUCCCCGUCUUCCACGUCAACCCAUUCAGUACCCUCGCACACACUGUAGCCAAGCUAGUCGCAACCCGCUCGCACCGCAUGUGGGUCGUGGAUGCGCCGUCUCCGGCCUCGUCAGGGCCAUCGACUCCAGCGAUAACACCUGCGAUUGUUGUUCCUCCUUCGCCAAUCACACCACUACCAGGGAUGGCCGGCCCAACACCCGUCAAUUCCACUGCGCCGACCCACCUUGCUAGCACCGGAGCGGUUGCCCCAGCUAUUUCUGCGUCAGCAAUCUCUGCUAUGCCAGGUGCCAGCUUAUCUGGUAGACUAAGUGGCGUCAUCAGUCUUACGGAUAUCCUGAAUCUGUUCGCAAGAGCAAGCGGGCUCAAUCCCCAUGAUCCAGACGAAGCGCGGCGUGCUAGGCGCAGGUCGAGCUCCAGUAGCAUGAGGCAGAGCAUGGAUAGCUCAAGGAGCGAAAGUGUGUCGGCUAUCGCUGGAAGAAGGAGCAGCGUGAGUGAGAGGGAAAAGAACGCUCCCGCAGCUCAGGGAUUGGGCAUCUCCAGAGGACGAGGUGCGUGA